AUGGCUGAUACAGACGAAGCGGCAGCCCACCUCCCAGCCUCGCAGGACUCCGCACCGCAAAUCGAAACCGACCUGUCCGACGAGACGCAGGACUUCAGAUUCCUGAAUAACCUUGCCUUCCCCUCCGACUCAUCGCAAACAUCCCUCCCCCGCCGCGGCGAAAAAGACUUCGAACCAAAUCCUACAAACUACCAGGCCGAUAUCCUCGAUGCGUCGCGUCAGGCGAUGCACAAUGCGCUUUCGCAUCCGCGGUUACAUCAUCCCAAGCAUCGAGUUAUUGCGUAUUAUGCACCCGAUGGACCUGCGCCGCCUGCGACCAACGUGAGUGAAGAGAAAGACGAGAAGGAGACUGCUACGAACGACGACGAGGAGCAAAAUCCAAAGAAAGAAACAAGCGCAGAUGCAGGAACAGGGAUAGGUGUCCCUGCGGACUCAUGCGUAUACGUCCCCAACCCCAAGGGUCAAUACUUUAAAUCAAUGGGCCGGGCAGAUCGCUGGAACCGGGUAUGGCUGUUACCCGAAGAAGCGCUGUAUCUCAUUGAACGUGGGAGUCUGGAUAUCAGGUGGCCGGUAUCAGUUACAGGACCUACCGCUGAAGAAGGUGAAGAAGAUUUGGGGAUCCCGAUGAGUUUGCAGGCGGCGUAUGCGUGCUUUACUGGGAGAGGGGGGUUGUCCGUGGAGCGGUUUUCGGUAUAUACUGGAUUGAGGCGGCUUGGGUAUACGGUUAUUCGGGCGCCGGGGUGGGAUGAUGAGAGUGAUGAGGUGCAAAAUGAGGAGAGUGCGCCGCAGCAGGGUCUAGGGAUUUUUGGUCGAUUCCUGCAUUGGUUGCAUAACUGGAAUAGUUCGACAGGGAUUACGACUACCGGUCCUGUGGUGGGAUUGGGUUUACACCGGAGUUACAACGCCAUCUACCGCAAACUCGCCGUCAUCCCCUACCACGACCCCGUCACACCCCAAUCUCCUCGUCGCAAAACAACUCCCCCCUUCCGCGUCGUUUUCCACGUCUACAAACCCUCAACCGCAUUCCGCAAAUCCGCUCCUCCAACCUCCGACUUCAGAAUCGCAGUUGUCAACUCCAGAACCCAAACCACCAUGCCAACGCUAUCCCAGCUCGGCGCACUCCUCGAAAGCACACCGUUAGACCCCCCGCGCGGCGAGAAGAUGGAUCGCAUGAUGUACAUGCGUCUCCGGCACGGGUACCGAAAUGUGAUUCUUGCAGUCGUGGAUCAGGGCGUCGUUAGUUUUCUGAGAGUUGGGGAUGCGGCGUUUGGGAAAGAGAAGGUUUAUGCGGAGAAGCCGCCGGGUCCUAAGAAGGGAGGGUUUCGGCCGCGGCCCAAGAAAUAA